CGACGGUCUGACGCCCAGUAUGUCUAUAAGGUUCAUUCGAGGUGUACUUACCAUAACGUACGAACGGCCUGAUCGAGCCCGGACGAAGUGGGACCGUAGAAAAUAAACGCGAGAAGGUGGGGGCCGAUUCAAGAAUCGAGUGGACACCCUCGCCUACCAAAGUCAUUCACCUAACGGUCACCGUCGCGUCAAGAGUCUUCAUCUUCUUCCGUUACCUGGUCGCACCAGACGUGAUAGAGAUCGUGUUCGUCGUCGAUCCAUUGACCCUUAACACAGAAGAGUCAAAGUUUGAGUGGGUCGAAGUUCACGCGUUCGGUGCUGUGUUGAUGAAUCCCCGUGGUGAUCCCGAUACGUCAGGAAACACGAAUUUAGAUACGUUUCGGAAAAUGUGCGCGACCGCUUGUUCUCGAUAAGCAGAAGAUCAAUAAAAAAAAACAUCCAUUUUGCGUUCUUGUAACAAUUUGUUCUCAAGUGUGUAACUGAAAACUUUUGUGUCGUGUUGCUUUUACCUGUGACAGCUGUGAUGUGACAGCGAAUGUCACGUUGUAUGCCUUGUAAGAUGUGGUUCUUGAGAGCAUCGAUAGUAACGAAGAAGAGUGCCUCGGAAGCUUUAUUUUCUUCAAAAGCCGAUGGUGAUUUGACGGAAUAUUCACUGUGAGACGAGCUGCGGCCGCAUGCUGCCCGUAUCUGCGCGACGUUAAUUCACUGUAACGACAAAAAUGAACCAGCAGUGCAAGGUAUGCGGAGAACCAGCAGCCGGCUUCCAUUUCGGAGCGUUCACUUGCGAGGGUUGCAAGUCGUUUUUCGGACGCUCGUACAACAAUUUAAACAGCAUCGGCGAAUGCAAAAACGGCGGCAGCUGUAUAAUAAACAAAAAGAAUCGUACCGCGUGCAAACCUUGCCGGCUGGCAAAAUGUCUCAACGUCGGCAUGUCCAAGUCUGGUUCGCGCUAUGGUCGCAGAUCGAAUUGGUUCAAAAUCCACUGUCUGCUGCAAGAGCAGAAUCAGCAGGAGCAGAAUCAGAUACAGCAACAACUGGAGCAACUCCGUCCGCAUUAUCAUCCGUCUGUUCUCCGUGAGCAACAGUUGCAGCACCAGUUGGCGCAGCAGCAACGCAGGCCCACGACUUCUCCCAGCACUCAGAGACGAGGAGACGAGAACAUCAUGCUUGGUCUGGACGAAUACAAGAACUCGACCUCGCCCAACGUCAGCUCGCCGAGCGGUAGCUCCAACAGUGACGGCUCCGUCGAGAUCUCCGAGCGAAGUUCGGCGAUUUCCGGACAUUCUUAUCGGCCGCCGCAUCCGCUGCCGCUGCAGAGUUUGCCGUUGAAUUUUCACCUCGGUAUGCCAUUGCUGCCACCACCUUUUCUGUCGCCGUCCAGUAUUACUUUAGGAUUCUCACCCUAUCAUCUGUACGGACCGCAAGGCGCGUCUCAUCCUCUCGUGAUGCACACUGCAUCCAAUAUGUUGCGACACACGCCGGGAACGCCGGCAAUCGAAGAAGUUGAUAGUUUCUCGAGGUCGUCUGCGACAACAACAGUCACGACAGAUCCAUCCAAACCUUCCACGUCGACCGCCAACACUGACCUUUGUGACAGCAGCAAUAACAACGACGAAUUCUAUUCGAAUCCAGUUUGCGACAAGGACCGAGCACCGACGCCGAAGCCGCGAAGUCCCGAGAAUCGAAUAUUAGAAAUGAGUCCCGAACGAAUGAUUUCGUUGCCGCAAGACGAUCCGAUAGAUCUCUCUAUGAAAACGCAGAUCGACGAGGAUAGCGACACAGAGUGCUUGUCCUCGAAAAAGCCAAUAGACUUAACGACGAAACCUUAAGCCAAUCAAAAUCAUAUUAAACAAAAAUUAAAUGAUUUCAAUCAUUCAAAUUCAACAAAGAAAAAUUGGAUGAUUUCAGUCAUUCAAAUUCAACAAAGAAAAAUUGAAUGAUUUCAAUCAUUCAAAUUCAACAAAGAAAAAUUGAAUAAUUUUAAUCGUUCAAAUUCAACAAAGAAAAAUUGAAUGAUUUCAAUCGUUCAAAUUCAACACAAAGAAAAAUUGAAUGAUUUUAAUUAUUCAAAGCUGAUUUUUUGUUAUUUUGCUACGUUAACCAAUGCAAAUUAUUUAUGUUUGUAAAUAAGAAAAAAAUUGCGUUAAAAAUAUUAUUAAAACUAUUGUUUGUUGAAUAUGUAACGAGAACAAUUGUUUAAGUAUUGCUAUACUGAUCGGCAAUGAAUCGUUCCGCGACAGGAAGAAGAGGAAAAAUAAAUUUCUCUUUUAUGCGUCGAUCUCUUUUAGCCGCAAUCGAUCAGCUGUUGAUAGAUGGUUUAAAACGACAUAUAGAAGAAGAAAGUCCUUUUUCUAUUGCAAAAACGAUUUAUUGCAUUCUUCUUGUGUACAUUGAGUCCCAGAUGCGACUUAUAUUUGCAGUGUGUACUUAGGAAACAAUUUUUCCAGAAAUAGUAUCAAAAAGUAUAUAGAAAUCAAUUUUCAUUAAAAAUAUGUAUCGUAAUAAAAAAAUAUUAUAUAUACUUAAAUAUUUUUUUAACUUCAUAAAACGAUUUUUUAAUAAAUUUCCCAUAAACCAUAUUACCAUAAAAGAUCAUGAAAAGAUCUUGCGCGCGUUCUCUGUUUCAAGAAAUCAGAAAACAAGCCGCGAGUUAUAAAUAUAUCACUUAAUUGCGUAGGAAAACGGAAUUUCUAUAUUUUCACUAUGUUUCACACAAUGCAAACACGAAAGGAAUUGUUGGAGAGAGAGAGAGAGAAAAGGAAAGAAAGCGAGAGAGAAAAAGACCGAUAUAAAACAUUUUGAGAGUUACUCACGUGUUGAUGUCGCGAGAGUGCAAGUUCUACAGGAUCUAAUCUGUAAUUAUCUUCUAGCACGCGUAUUAUCGUAUCCUCUUGUCGAACUCUCUCGCGAUUUCCUCUUCCCGUUCCGGAUAAUUCCGAUCGUGUGUGCGCACGUGUCCAAGUGUCAAGCGAGCCUUGCGGAAGAAAAAAAAACUUUGACACGCGACAUCUCAAUCCCGAGGUGAGCGAGACACCGAUCGCGAUGUUGCGUAACAGCCAAUCAACUUUAACGAGAUUCCGCCGUUUUAAUUAAAAAGCGCGCGUGGUGCUCGAUCGCGCGGCAAUCACGCGGAACGAAGACAAACGACGAAGAACACAUCAUGACAAGCGUCGCGUCCGAUAAACACAUCAAUGCAUGCGUGUGUGAAUGUUUACGCCGGCACCACGUUGUACACGUUACACCACAUCGAUAGCUGUUUUAUCUUUACAAAUGUCUAUAUCAAUGUCACUUCCGUCAAUAUGUUAUUCUAGUUAUAGUCUUCUUGUCGUUGCGGAAGCUGCUAUGAGAAGAAAUCUUGAAAAUAUUAACGCGACACGAUGUAUUUAUUCUCCUCUUGUUCAUUUAUUUUUUGUUCUUCUUCAAAGAAGGAUAACAGAACUGUCGGUUAUAACUCUCGGUGAGGACAAAUGAAUGAAAAAAGAGGUCCAGACUUCACGGUAUUAAGUUAUUAUGUAAUUUGUAUUUCUCCUUCGGGAUGGGAUUCACCGCGAACGUCGAGAAUCUCGAAGAUAUAUAUCUUUCUUCUCUCGAAUUUUAUUUCUCUCUUCUUCCCCUCCUUCUUCCCCCUCGUUUGACUCGAGUCUUCUCACAAGUCACUCACGGACAAUAUACUUUUGUCCCAAGUGCUAACACAAACGACGAACACAGCUUCGCUUUUAAGGCGGAAUCGCGAUACGAUUUGUAGACCCGUUCGCGCCGACCGGUAGUGCCUUUCUGGAAUUUAAAACAGGCCGCGCGCGCCCAAGGCAGAGAGUGUCGCGCGUAGACGAGAAAAUCGUCCGAGUUGUGUAGUAUGUCGGCUACGCGUCACGGACGAUCAAUUCUUUGAGAUUUUCAUCGGAGAAAAAAAAAUAUAUAUGUAUAGAUUGAGAGAACCUGGUAACAAUUGUAUACGCGAUGGUUCUAUUAGUUCAACGUACAGUACAAAAGUUUUCGCAAAAUCAAACACACACUACGCGAUGUAAAUACAAAUGAUCUCGCAACGAAUUAGAAAUAGUCGCGUUAAUUACGUAGGUGCCAAAAAAAAGUAAACUUGUGCCUUGAUACAAUUGAUGCCAAGCUCUCCCGCAUUACCAUCUUGCGCAAACGUAAGUUACAUUAACACAUGCAAUUGUAAAAAAUGCAAUUUUAGUAUAAAAUUUGUACAUAUAUAUAUAUAUAUAUAUAGGGGGUACACAGAUGUAUAGCGUUUUCUUUCCUAUAAGUACGUUUUUGUUUCGUAGUAAUACAUCCAUCUCGAGAUUCCAUAGAUGUAUGACUGUGAAAUAGAGAAUAUUUUACAAUUAUUGUUGAUCACUGUUGACGUCGCGUCUCGUUUUAGGCGCUUCUUGUAGAUUUGAACGUAGUCAAUAAAGGGCCAGUAUUGUAUAUCACUAUGUAAGAAAAAUCGUUUUAUUCCAAUUAUGUACGUACGUAUGCGUGUAUACAAUUGUAUAAGUUAUAUACAUAUAUAAUAUAAAAAAAAAACAUCGAU